AUACUACACGCGAUUAGGUUUGCGCAUGCGCAGUGUUAUUCAGCGUGACAUUUGUAAACAAAAACUUGAGCUAUCAAAGUGACAAUCGACAAAACAUGAAGAAAGGACGAGUUGAUUAAGUUAAUUUAAUUUAGAGCACAUGUUAUUUGUGGCGCUUUUUUGGAGUUUGGUAUAAAUUGUAAAAAAAACAAAGUCACGAAAGAUGCUUAGUUUCUUUGGACUUCGGAAGGACGCGAAAAAGUCGCCACCAGCCGAGAGAGAGACGGAUGGGUUUGUCAUUGUUGGAGAGACGGCAGAGGACCAGGGAGCAAAACGGCAGUCCAGAAGCACGGCACAAUUCGCCACCAAUGUCAUCAUACAGCCGUCAAAGUCCUCCAAUCCAGCGCCAACCAAAACCCAAGAAGCCAUCUGGUCCGCUCCGGCACCCCCUACCUCGGAACCCUCUGCACAACCGGAGAACACGGAUGGUGUCCCAGGUCACACGGAGCUUCUCGGAGACAUCCCGUUCACCCUUGCGCCCCACAUCCUCGCCGUGCAGACCGGCCUGCCUCAGCUUCCCGACUUCACCCUGUCCCGAGACAUCAACGAGAUCCUGACCAACUUCUGCUACGACUUCACGCUGGAGAACUCGGUGCUGUGCAACCUGUGACCUCCGACCCUUGACCCUGAUCAGCCCCAAAACAUCAGAGUUUACAUGGCAGGUAUAGAAGAUCGCCAAGUGGUAACGGAGUCGCUGGUGUAUUUCUCAGGAUGUUUUGUAGCACGAAGUCUGGAGUGAAAUUGUUCUUUCAAGAAUUCAAUGAAAUGAUAUCAGAAUCUAUAUUUGUUUGCAUUUCUGUCAUUUGUAGCAACACUGUAGGAUUUUUAACUUUAUGGAUUUCAACACAUGAUACUGUAACGUGCUUGUUCUGCUCGAUAUAACUUUUCCAUGCCUUCGUGUCAAAUUUUUUUUCUUCUCUUCUUUCCAGCUCACAGAACUUUGCACAUCUUGAACCUUUUCUUUAAUGGUCCUAAUCUCAGAUAUCCAGGGAAAGAAAUUCUUAAUCCUGUUAAAUGAAUUUGAACUGUUGAUGUCUGUGGAAAGAAAAUCCACAUAUUAAGGACUUAAAAACAUAUUUAAUGUCCAGGUUUUAAUUUAAAACAUGCUGUAUUUAUUUUCUUUAUACAGGUUUUGGCCAGAUGGUUGCUGUGAGACUGUUUUAGCCGGCUGUAGCAGGUUUUGCUAAUGCAGUUUUGAAUUUUUACGAGGGUUCCCCCCCCCCUCCUUGAGCGUUUUGUAAUUUCCGUAGCUUUUUUUUUUGUAUACGUUUAACAAUGGCAUUUCAGCAAACCACCUGCUGCUAUUUACACGCUGCACUUGUAGAAAAGUCUCGAACGUUACAUGGGUCACGAUGUAAUUGGUUCCUGGUUUUGGUUUGUUGUGUUUUUGUUUCUUAUUUAUCAUCCUGUAUGUGCCUUUUGCUUUGUGGUUUGAAAGAAACUUGAGUCCCUGGUACUUUUUAUAUUCGUCUUCCAGAAUGUUUCUCUUUGUUGCAUGAAGAAAGAUCUUGGUUGAUGUGGGUUUUUUUUGCCUUUUAAAGAAACGUUUAGGCGGCACGGUGGUGUAGUGGUUAGCGCUGUCGCCUCACAGCAAGAAGGUCCGGGUUCGAGCCCCGUGGCCGGCGAGGGCCUUUCUGUGCGGAGUUUGCAUGUUCUCCCCGUGUCCGCGUGGGUUUCCUCCGGGUGCUCCAGUUUCCCCCACAGUCCAAAGACAUGCAGGUUAGGUUAACUGGUGACUCUAAAUUGAGCGUAGGUGUGAAUGGGAGUGUGAAUGGUUGUCUGUGUCUAUGUGUCAGCCCUGUGAUGACCUGGCGACUUGUCCAGGGUGUACCCCGCCUUUCGCCCGUAGUCAGCUGGGAUAGGCUCCAGCUUGCCUGCGACCCUGUAGAACAGGAUAAAGUGGCUACAGAUAAUGAGAUGAGAUGAGAAACGUUUAGCCCAAAAUAAUAAUAAAUAAAUAAAUAAAAAAGUUUGACAAUGAAUUUUCCACUUAAGCCAGUAUCUAAAGUUUGCUUCUUUUGUUUGGUGAAUGUAGCCAACAAGCUAAAUCAUCGUUACCUCAAAUGACCGUUUGGCUCUGUAACACCAGCGAUCAUAGUUUUAUUUUACAAAUAUUGUCAUAGGAAAUACGUCCAACUUCAAGUGGCUGCGUUGUUUGUUUGAGUUUAUUUGCUUGUUUAAAGCUCUGAAUCUGCGACAUCCACUUUGUCGUGUGUGAGAGAGAGAGACUGAACAAGUCAUGCAGUUUGCACAAUGCUAAACUGGUACUGUAGCAAGGCUUCCUUUCCUUAGCUGUAUCAGCAAAACUAAAGAAGCAAACGUUAGACACCAAAUAUGUCUUUGCUCAUCGGCUACAUUUAGGUUUAAAGGAAAAUUGUACAAGUUUUUUUUUUUUUAAACCUUGGGUGAACUAUACCUGUAAAAGGUUAAACUUGAAAACCCACUUUUUAAUGAAAGAAAUUAUGAUUUGCAUGUUGAAAUCGUAUCAUGUGUGCGCAAUUCUGUCCAUUAUUUAAGCUUCUUUCUUUGAGGAUUAUCGGAGGGUGCCAAUAAUUCUGUAUUUAAUUGAACUUGAUUUGAUUAAAGAUGUUUUGAUAUUUGAAA